AUGCCACUUGAUCAAGAUAUUUCCCAAGGAACGCAACCGCCGCCGUCUUCCUCCAAGACUGGCCACCCGCUCCCCCGACGAACAUCCCCAGCGAACUCGGUUACUCUUCGUCAUCACCGAUUAGCACGCGAUGCAUCACUCAAGGCCAGCCAGGGCUCAGGGCCUGCUGCCAAGACGACGACGACAACAUCUCCUCGGCGUAAUUCAUCAGGCGACAGCAAUGAGACCGGCCAAAGCGACCCUAAUACAUGGUUUGAUCAGUCAAAUCAGAACCCAACCGCCACAUACGACAGUAAUGUCAUGGAAGUUGAUCCCCCGUUCUUUCAAAAAGAAUCAGACUCUUCAAACGAAGACAAACCUUACUACGAUCAACUCGCACCCCCUAAGCUCACAGCAGCACACAGUAGCAGUGCAGAUGAUUACCGAAGUGUCAUUGAUGACCUCACGGUAGAAAUUCAGAAGCUCCGUGAGGAACUCAAACGCUACAAGAACACAGGUCCAGAUAUGCUUCGAAAGGAGAAGCUUUUCGAGAUCAAGUGUCAUGGACUGCCAAAGAAGAAGAAGAGAGAACUCGAGGCUACCCUCCGAGACUUUGCAGCAAGUCUAGAUGGAUCUCCCAACACAUCGUCAUCGCAGAACAAGAAGAAGUCCCGCCAUGCCAAUCGCGACAAUAUGUACUCUGGUUCUGGAUCUAAGCACGCAUCAUCAUCGUCAGGAUCCAACUUCCCCCCAGCUGACUCCGCAUAUGCCUCCAUGUCCACUGGUGCCAAGUCGUCGGGAACUUCUUUGAGCCGUCCUAGCAUGGGCUCGCAAACAAAGUCGUCAGAAACAGUCGAAAAUUAUCUCCGCGAUAUUCCCGAGGGACUAUAUCCCCGGCAUAUGAUUAUGACAGAGAAGGAGAGAAAGAAGCUUGUCGUUCGUCGGCUGGAACAGUUGUUCACAGGCAAGAUCGGCGGACGCCACGUGGUGAGGAAGCAGCCUGUACAGCCAAGUGGUAGUUCCGCCGCCCUAGCGUCUGUCGUUGCGGACACACAACCAAACGUUACCAACACCUCAAACUUCUCUAUUCACGAACCUCCGACACUGCAAACAAGCGGCAAAGAGCCCACAAGAGAGGCCCGAAUCCUCCCUAACGAACAGCAACCCGGCCACUCUGGUAAACAGAGUCGGUCUACUAAUAAUGGCUCUGCAUCAAAUUCCAAUGGUGACAAUACCGAGUCCGGCAACGGUAACAGCAUUGGUUCAGGUACAAACCCCUCGCCUCCAAUGACAACCCUACCCGAACAACGACCCACACGACCCCGUGAUUUAGACCCAGACCGUACCCAAGUGCCGGCCGAUAACAUGGAUUAUAUCCGCCAUCUCGGCUUGGUGCCACCGGAAUUGUUAGCAGUACAGCAUAACCAGGAUGUUCAUCCUGAUGCCGAGGGAUGGGUUUACCUCAACUUGCUAUGCAAUCUGGCUCAGCUCCACAUGAUCAACGUUACCCCUGACUUUGUUCGCUCUGCUGUAACUGGCAUGAGCACCAAGUUCCAGGUGUCGCCCGACGGCCGAAAAAUUCGAUGGCGUGGUGGAACAGAGGGAACAAAGUUCAGCAGUGACAGCUCCGGAUACAACUCCCAGAAGAGUCCUUCAACAGACGACACUGAAGGCGGAUCCGAGAGCAAGCGCAAACGUCAGAAGACGGGUCGCUCUACAGGUGAUGAGUUUCAGUCAGGAAGCUCGAGCAAGCACAACCUCAAGUACGACCCACAGCUGUGUGCUCCUUCCGAAAGCUUCCAUUACAAGCCCUUAUUUGCGCAACAGGAUUCUUCAGGUGGCCAGACUUCGCUCGAUGAGACUGUCUCCUCGUUUGGCCCUCCUGAGGAAAGCAAUAUUGGCGAAUCGAGAUGGGGAUUCAGUGGCUCCGGUGCGUCCAGUCGCAGGAAGCGCCGUCAUGACGGCGCCAUCAUCUACUACAGCGGUGCUCCGUUCUGUACAGAUUUGUCUGGAGAUCCCGGUGAUAUGUCACCCACUACCCAGAUGCGAGCUGCCAGCCAAACACAAUCAGACAAGGGUUCUUUCAAGGUUCCGCCGUCGCCCCUCCGACGAACAGACUCUGGGUCGUUUCUCAACUACCGACCACUGACCGACCGCGGGGUUUUGUCGACCCAGGCGACUACAGCUAUGGAUAUCGAUAGCGAAGACCCGCCAAGCCUUACAGACGAUACCGAUGACGCCAGCGACGUUGACUUGGAUUUCACUUGGAGCGACAAUGCCCAAUAUAUGCAGCACUACCCCCUUGAGCCUUGCGGUUUAGGCGGAGUUCUGCCUGAGGACCACUUCAUGGUAGUUGUUUCCACCAAAAGAUCCAAACAAGAUGAACUGUCCUCAAUCCAGAUGGCUGGUGGAGGGGUUGGCGAGGCUACAGAUGCCGUCGUCCGCCGUUUGACAACCAUGUCAACUUCGUCUCCAGUCUCGGGUGCUCUAAGGUCGUUGCCGACUAUGGGUCCCCUCCCUGUUGAGAUUGAAUAUAUGUCAGGUCGCAUUAAGCGGCUAACACCAGUCUCGCUGCCACCCCCUGCGAUUUUCUUUCCACCAUUCAGUCCUAGUGAAUCUACCGUGGACUCUGACGAUGACAUGUCGGAUGAUCUGGAUACAUCUGAAUCAUUAAGAGAUCUUAUGGGACAGCGGAAAUUGCAACAUCAGUCGGAUGGCUACCCUGAUGGCGUUGAUCUUAGCAGUGGCGAUGAAGAGGGCGACGAACCCGAUGACUCGCCCAGCCAAAACAUGUACGCGGCCAGCCGAGAUCCAAAGGCGCUGCCAAACCGUCCUCGACAAGCUGCUCGCCGUACCAGUAGUGCUGCUGCGGCUGCCGGCACUGCCCGAGGUGCGAGUAAGAGUAACAGCGCAAACCCGGCGCUGUCGCAUGACGCUAGUUCCGUUGCUACUGCUGGCGCGGCGGAGAGCGGCUAUAGCAGUAGUGAUGAGAGCCGUUGA